AGUGGUUGCAGCAAUGAUAACAUGAGUGUUGAAGCCACCAAUGUAUCUUAUCACCAAAUAUGCAGGUUGGUGAAAUAAGACCGGCUACUGUAGAUGACUUCAAACAAUUACUAGAUAUUGUUUUCAGUCAUGAAGGCUGGGAAUCUAAGCCAGAUAAAGCUGGUGUUAAAGUAUGGACGAAGUCGAUGCCCUCAUCUCCGGUCAAGAUGAUAAAGUUAGCAGUAGACUUUGACGAUAUGACAGCACUGACAUUGUACGAUGUGCUUCACGACCCAGAUUUUAGACCAGUUUGGGAUGAAAGCAUGAUCGAAGGUCUCGAUAUUUACAAGAUUGAUGAUUUUAACGAUAUUGGGUACUACUCUCUUAGAUGUCCUCGACCUUUGAAAAACAGAGAUUUCGUUAACCAGCGUUCAUGGGGUAUUUUUGGAGAUGAUCAUAUGAUUAUGAACCACACUAUUGAUAUCGAGGAGAUGCCCGUCAAGAAGGACUUUGUCAGAGGAGUCAGUUAUCUCACAGGUUAUGUGGUUAAAAAGACGGAUACAGGGUGCUCAGUACACUACAUUACACAGAAUGAUCCAGGGGGACAAGUUCCUAAGUUUAUCCUCGACAAGAUAUCUUGUGUUAUCGCUCCCAAGGUUUUAGAAAAGAUUCACAAAGCAGCUCUUGGCUAUGAGGAGUGGAAGAGCAAGAAUAGACCCGAAUAUCGGCCAUGGAGGGGGUCUCGGUAACGACAGCAGCCAAUGUGGCCAAAUCUUAUCAAUUCCGUCAGGACCUCAAACAGUACCCCAGCUCUGGACACAGAGGUUAUAAACACUGAAGUACCUGCUCCAUCUCUCGCUUCUCACAACGGAAGGGUAGAAGCAGAGACAACACCAGCUCCGGGUCAGUACGGUUUCACUGGACUCGUUAGCCCAGCCCCGUGCAGAAGACACCCCCACACAAGACCCUGUCUCUCCUGUGGCUGAA